GACCAGACCUGCCUCCUUCAUUCAUUCCUCCAGCAUCACAACAGACAUCACCUUAGCGGCAUGCCGACACAAUAGUCAUCCAAUAGACCUCCUUCUGCGAAUCCUGCCGGCGCGCUACCGUUCCAAUUCGACCCUGCACCCUGUGGCCCUCUGACAGCCAAGAUGACGCUGCAGCUUUCUGAGUCGUGAGCUCCUGCACCACCUCGCCUCCUGAUCGAUCUUCCUUUGCUCCGACGACACGAUCCAGAGUGGUGGCCAAUCGCAACGGCCAGCCAGUCACCAUGCCCCCCGAAUUAUCCAGCAACAUCCGCGUCUUCAUCCGCUGGGACGACCAGACCGUCUUCGCCGGCGAAGACAUCAAGUGCCGCAUCACUUUCCGCAACGUCGCCCCGACCUUCAACCAGCCCACCCCGCGCUCCGCAUCAGGCCCUCAGGACCGCCACAGGCAGCAGGCUUCGCCGUUGGCAGCUACUGGCCGUGUCAAGUCGUCUUCUGGCCUGGCCGUGCAAGCCGGCGGACGUGGACACAGGACAACCCUCUCGCUCAAUGUGCCCACCAACAAUAGCUCCCGUUCGAGAAGCACGACUCUCCCAUGGACACCACCUCAGCCACCACCCCAGCGACCAGGGCAUACUCAUAAGCGAUCCCUUUCUAUUGUCUCGAUAGGCUCGACCGCGACGGUCGACGAACACCACCAACCACCACAACCGCCACAGAGUAGCCAUGGCGGACCGCCUCGAACCCAGCGUCCUGCUCGGGGACAUGGCCGAUCAGCCAGUCUACAAAUAGCACCGCGGCACGGCUCCAUACCCGGGCCUCAAUCGGCUACGUUUCCUCGAAGGCCGGGCCCCGAGCCUUCGCCUGUAUUCAACAACCAUUCCUUUCCUCCAGCACGUAAUGGCUUUGGGCGAUCUGGUGCCUCAACUGCUCCAAACACCCCGAGCUUGGGUGGCCCGCCAACACCACGGCGUAGGAGUCCGUUGCAGCCGAUGCCGGACUGGAAGUUCCCGACCAGUGUCUCGCCGUCGUCGGAAGCCGGCGAGACGGUCAUCAAUGGCGACUAUCUCUCUGCUGUGCCUACAGUGGGAUCACCACUGCACCCAGGUCAGCGAGCCCACCUGCCGAUGCGCGCAAGGGACUCGAUUCCAGUCAUCAACGAGCACCACACCAGUCCAGCUGCCGCCCGCAUACUGUCAGAGACAAGUAUGGGAAGCGGGACACCUCGCAGCAGUGGCGAGUUCUACUCGAUGAGCAACAAUUCGUCAGAAACACUGGCGUCCGAAUAUGUGGCGAAUCCUGCGCAGAACAUGCGACGUCCUCCGCAUUUGAGGAAUCUGUCCAUCAUGACGCAGUCGAAAGCCCCAGAGAUGCUCAUGAUGGGUUAUGCUCAGAUCCAGGGUUCGUUCACCCUCGAUGGCUCCCUCGUCAGCCUCGCCCCUUUCGAGGCUGUGAAGCGCAAAGCAGUACUGGGUGGCCAGGGCGGCGGUGUUAUUGGCAUUGAGUCGUCGAAACGUUCAAGCCUAUUGCAGGGAUUUGGCUGGUCCUCGUUCGGGAGCUCGCUUGGAGAACUCCUUGGAAGUGGCGAGCAAAGCAGUAUCAAAGAUAUGCGCGGUGCCGCAAGCGCCAAGUCAAUUCCGUUACUAUCGACGCCACAGUCGGUCCUCUUCGUCGAUCUGUCACUGGCGCCUGGCGAGAGCAAGACGUACGAAUAUACGUUCAAACUGCCCAAGGGAUUGCCACCUACCCAUCGCGGAAAGGCCAUAAAGAUCGUCUACAACCUGGUAGUCGGCACACAAAGGCCUGGUAGUGCUAAAGGACAGCAAGUACGCACAGUCGAGAUACCAUUCCGCGUACUGGGCAGUGUAAACAGCUAUGGCGAGAUCCUCGGGCAUGAUCUGCUCUCCCCGUACAUCAUACUUCGAGAUCAAGCAAAGGUGAACACGCUGGACAAAGCAACAGAGCGCACACCAUUUCACAAGAAGACAAAGUCGACGAUACAUGCCUCAUCCAUCAACGAGUUCUUGCACUACGUCGACGAGCUGCUCGAGCGCCCACGAGAUGGUGGUGGUUUACUCUCUCCAACAGCGACAGCACCAUCGUCGCGCCGACCGUCAGUAUUUGGCGAAGAUGCUUCAACAGCCAAAGAUGCCAUUGACUUGGCCAUUAUGCGCUCGAAUCUCUCGGAGCACGGUCAGAGUAGCAAUCGUUUCGAGAUUGCGCGCAAUGGGCAGCGGAUCGGCGUCAUUAUGCUGGCUCGCCCUGCUUACAGGCUGGGCGAAGUUGUGAGCAUGGCCAUCGAUUUCGCUGGAGCCGAAGUCCCCUGUUAUGCGGUUCAUGCCGCCUUGGAAACGACGGAGCGGGUUGAUCCCAGUCUAGCCCUGCGCAGCGAGGCCAGCGUGCAUAGAGUUACUCGCAAGGUAUUUGGCAGCUCGAGCGAGUCGACGCUGUAUGCUCGCCGGAUCGUGUUCACCCCCACGAUACCAAUCAAUGCGACACCCGAGUUCGUCACGACCGGUAUCAAUCUCGAAUGGAAGAUUCGGGUCGAGUUCGUUGUUCCCUCGACCAAGAAUGCCGAGUCUGGCGACUCCACGCCAGCCACGCCACACCACCUGCUCGAGGAGAUUGCACGUGAUGAACGUGGCGGGCUUGUCCUCGUGGCCGUCGAGAACCUCGAGUGCGAGAGUUUCGAGGUGGCUGUGCCCCUGCGGGUGUACGGUGCUGUCUGUAAUGGCUUGGAACGUCUGGAGAGGGAUGAGGCCUUGGAUGAGGGCCUUGUGGUGUAGAUGCGGAUGCUCACGGACAUCCUAUGAAUUUGGCAACCCCGACACAAAUAGUUGCCUUGUCCUGUGAAGGUGGUGGAGACAGGCAUCUCCAUGGCACGCGCGGACGGACGACGGUUCAGAUACAUAAUAAGGCGAAUUGUCUGUACAUACAACUGGAUAUUGAGAAACCCUACAAACAGGCAUGUGGCCUAGAGCACAAAUAGAGGAAUCGAGCCGCUGUGUAAACCUCAUCAUCUCACCUC